GUUUAACGUGUUUACUUUGCGAGUGAAUUGUAUGUUUUAGCUGGAGCUACCAAGUCAAUCUAAAGGAAUGAUAGCUAGAUUGCUAGCUAUAUUUAUUACCGUGAGUUGAAAAAUAACAGGAACUGUACAGCGUUAGCAAGCGGGUUAGCUUGCUAUAUCAAUACGUUGUUUUUGUCUUUUUAAAGUAAUUUUAAGUUUUAUUAAUUUGUUAGCUAGCUAGCUAACUAACUGUUGCAUUGUUAAAUAAACGUGGUCAAAAGACAGCGAAAGACUCGCCGAAAGAGCCGUCAGUAUUGUCAGCUAGCGAGCUAACACUUCUGGCGCUGUCAGAGAACCGAGCUGAUCACCUCCAGCCCUCCUCGCCAAUGCUGGACCUGGAGGUUGUUCCUGAGCGAUCUUUAGGAAAUGAACAAUGGGAAUUCGCAUUAGGGAUGCCAUUGGCCCAGGCCAUUUCCAUUCUGCAGAAGCACUGCCGCAUUGUGAAGAAUGUUCAGGUUCUCUACAGUGAGCAGACACCCCUCAGCCAUGACCUCAUUCUCAGCCUCACUCAGGAUGGAAUUAAAGUGCUGUUCGAUGCCUGCACUCAGAGACUGAAGGUGAUUGAGGUUUAUGACUUGAGCAAGGUGAAACUGAAAUACUGUGGAGUCCAUUUCAACUCUCAGGCCAUAGCCCCCACCAUAGAGCAGAUAGACCAGUCGUUUGGCGCCACACACCCUGGAGUGUACAAUGCCGCAGAGCAGCUUUUCCACCUGAACUUCCGGGGUCUGUCCUUCUCCUUCCAACUGGAUUCAUGGAGCGAAGCUCCCAAGUAUGAGAUCCCCCACGGAGCCACAGUGAAACGCAUGUACAUCUACACUGGAAACAGUCUGCAGGACACCAAGGCCCCUGUGAUGCCUCUGGCCUGUUUCCUUGGCAACGUGUACGCAGAAUGUGUGGAUGUGCUGAGGGAUGGGGCGGGGCCACUUGGCUUGAGGCUCCGCCUACUCACUGCAGGGUGUGGCCCGGGCGUGAUGGCUGACGCUAAGGUGCGGGCACUGGAGAGGAACAUCUACUUUGGGGACUCCUGUCAGGACGUUCUGAGCGCACUCGGCUCACCACACAAAGUCUUCUACAAGUCAGAGGAUAAGAUGAAGAUCCACUCCCCCUCCCCUCACAAGCAGGUCCCGUCCAAAUGCAAUGACUACUUCUUCAACUACUUCACCUUGGGUGUGGACAUAUUGUUUGAUGCCACUACACACCUGGUGAAGAAGUUUGUCCUCCACACCAACUAUCCCGGUCAUUAUAAUUUCAACAUAUAUCAUCGGUGUGAUUUCAAGAUCCCCCUCCUCAUUAAGAAAGAAGGUGCAGAUGGUCAAGGUGGGGACUGCAUCCUAACCUCCUACAGCAAGUGGGAUCAGAUUCAGGAGUUGCUGGGUCACCCCGUGGAGAAGCCGGUCGUGCUCCAUAGGUCAUCGUCGGCAAACAACACCAAUCCCUUCGGCUCCACCUUCUGCUUCGGACUCCAGAGGAUGAUAUUCGAGGUGAUGCAGAACAACCACAUUGCGUCAGUGACCCUGUACGGAGUCCCCCGGUCGAGCGGUCACCCCCGGUCCGAGCCUUCCACCCACUGAGCUCCGCCUCACGCCCCGCCUCCCAGAUGGCCCCGCCCGCCCCACCCACCCCAACACUACAGAACUCCAACAGUACAUAGUGCAGCGUGCCUUGACUCAACGCCACUAUUGCCCCAGAGCAUUCUGGGAGUUAUUUCGGUCUCAUUGGUCUUUUCAUGACGGCAACUCAGAAUGGGUCUCUCGGGAGCCGUAGGGCAUGACCUUUGACCUCCCCACACACGUUCCUCCCCAGGUCCUCUCCCCUGACCCCCGCCAUGUGUCCAAAUCUGCAUCAAUCCUCUUGUUGUCCGUUACACACACACACACACACACACACACACACACACACACGUGUAUGCUAAAGGUUUGCUCGCUUUUUGGCUGACAGCGGUGAAAGAUUAAAAGCACAAUAUCGCCACACCUCGGGGGGCAUCAGUUAAGUCUGAAGUGUGGCUCUGUCCCCUCUGACACACACAGACACACACACACCCACGUGUGCUGGCUCGUAAGGGUACAGAGCCACACACACUCACCGCCACCUGUUUAAGGCCCUGUGGCACUGGCUUACGGACUGUAGCAUGGUUAUUUACUUCAGCUUUCUUAAGAAAGAUGACAACAUUUGGUUUUAACAUUUGCACUAUACGCCACCUUAUUUACUUGAUAAUUGUCUUACAUCCACUGAGGAGUCUGUGUACUGUUCUGCCGGGAGGGGAGGGCUACGACAGCUCUUCUGCCAACACGCGCCUGGAGACACGCUGUGUCCUUCCUCCCCGCAUCCCCCCCGCAUCCCUUCGUCUCUCCCCCUCUGCUGUUCUCUCUCUCAGCCAUAUCCACAUCCUCACUUUCUCCACUCCCCUUUCUUUUCUUGGUCAGUUUUUUUUUUUAAAUGCCAAAUUUUAUUUUCAGCCAAAGAACCAUCAUCGUCAUCCACCUAAUUUCAUUUCUCCUGAAUAUUUCAAGUUUUUUCCUUUUUUUUUUUUUGAGAAGUCAUCCUUUUGACUGGAUAAAACCAUUAACAUUCCCUGGAUAUUUUGUUCUUUAAAUCAGACAUUUUGUCUAUCCCAUCCCCCCGCCCCACCCCCAAUUAAUGCCCGUAAUCUUUCUCCGUUAAACUUGUACAUUUUAAAAAAUUGUUCUUAUUGCUUCAUGCAUUUAAAAGAAUGAAAUCAAGCUUUCGGUGUGUGAUCUGUUUUUACUUUACUGAAACUCUUCUGAUCUGAUCUCCCCAGCGCUGUGCCAGUGUGUCGCCGGGCCGGUGCGUCACUGUGCCAGUGUGUCGCCGGGCCGGUGCGUCACUGUGCUGGUGCGUCACUGUGCCAGUGUGUCGCCGGGCCGGUGCGUCACUGUGCCAGUGUGUCGCCGGGCCGGUGCGUCACUGUGCUGGUGCGUCACUGUGCCAGUGUGUCGCCGGGCCGGUGCGUCACUGUGCCAGUGUGUCGCCAGGCCGGUGCGUCACUGUGCCAGUGUGUCGCCAGGCCGGUGCGUCACUGUGCCAGUGUGUCGCCGGGCCGGUGCGUCGCUGUGCCGGUGCGUCAAUUUGCCAGUGUGUCGCCAGGCCAGUGCGUCGCCGUGGCGGCGCGUCGCUGUACAGUGCUGGCACGUUGUCAUGGUACACGGCAGUGUGGGGGAUACCCAGUGUGUACAGAUUUGUAAAUACCAUGUUGUUCUCCCUCCUCCUUUUGUCAUUUUAAACCAGCUGUACUGUGGAAGGGGGUCUGACUGACACCCCCCCGCCCUCUCAGGGGACACAAGGUCCCCAAAACCGUAAUCCUGUACAGGAGGUGUUUAUCCAGGACAGGUCACACUCCCCUGUAGAAAAAACACUCAGUGUUUAAAGGAGGUUCUGCCCACAGAGUUAUGAUUAGUACAAUUACAUGUUGUUCUGUAAUGGAAAAUACCUGCUGAUAACUGUACUGUGGCCCUCCAGGGCCAGGGUAGAGUAG